AGAGGUUUGCAGGUGACACCAUGCUUCUUUCAUACUCUUUCCGUAGACCAAUCUGGGAACCAAUCACCGUGCACUCCACAGGUCACAUACGGUACCUUGAUCGGCCGAUAAGUGUUGGUUCGGCACAGGAGAGUUCUGGCAACAUGUUGCUCAAAAAGACUAACAUUGGAGCAUCUCACGAACAUGACAUGAAAUACCUGGGAAAUGGUAGCACAAAGCCUAGAAACACAAUCUGUGGAACUCACAGGUUCAUUUCAUCAAUCCCAUGAAACUUUCUCUUCCGAAGAUCAUUUCACAAAGUGCCUCAUGCAUGACUGGUUAAUGAAGGAUUGGUACAGACUGGAUGAAAAGUACUACACAACUAAUAUAAUGGUCAACUUCUUAAUUGAUGCAUUCAUCACAUAAAAAUUAGAGAGUGCUGUACUUGUACAGGUUAUUUCAGGCUUUGAAAAGCUUUCCAAAUAUGCCAUGACGGAGGGUUGAUAGCUCCAGUGUGACUCUCUCUGGUUCUGUAAAAUCUCUGGAAAUCAAGUCCAGUCUCACAUUGGUUGAUAAGUCACUUUAAUUGUAACUGAUCGAAUCAAAAUGUGCCUGUUUAGAGUUCUUCUUCUGAUGGUGGGUUCUGCUGUCACAGCAGUGGGUGCAGACAACUGCCCUGCAGCCGUUGUAGGUGCAUGUUGUCCACCCUCGUGGCAACCAUGGGGCCACUCUUGCUAUCGUCUGACUGAUAGGUCAACAUACUGGUACCACUCGUCGGUGGCCUGUCAUGACAUGGGAGCCAAGAUGGCUGUUCCAUAUUCACCCCAGGAAAAUGAGUUUAUGAUGCAGUUGGCCCAAAUGGAGACAAAGUUCUGGAUGGGAUGCCGUGACAUAAUAAACGAAGGAACCUGGGUGUGUGACGCAAAAGGGGAUGGUGAGCCAUUCGUGAACUGGGGGGAUGGAGAACCAAAUAAUUAUGGUAACGAGGACUGUUUAGUAUCGACACCAUAUUAUCACAGAAAUGGCAACGUUAAUGAUGAAACAUGCUACACUAUUUACAGAGCAAUUUGUGUACAAAGACAAGCCAAUUACCGUUGUCCAGUUCAACCAACCCGAGCCCAUCACUUCUGUGUCACUACAGGACAGCUCCCCAACUCCUGCCUUCUGGAUCACGUCAUCACAGAGUUUGUUACCAAGAGUAACCCCCGGUGUGCCUCGGCCUGCAUCAAGGAGCCCAGAUGCCACUCCUUCAACAUCAAACACAACCACCAAGGACAGAAACUCUGUCAGAUAAACAAUGCGACUCGCUGCAACGACCCUGCUCAGUUUCAAGUCAUCGAUUCCUACUGCAUCUACGCCCAAGAGUGCAUCAACUAGUCAAGAGCAAACAGGCAAGAUUUUCUUCAUUGUUUCACAUUCCAAAUUGAAAAUGGAGCAUCCAAAAGCCUUUUGAAGUAAAACAAUUGGAUUGAACUUUGAAUGUCAUCAAAAUAUCAACACUAUAUUAGGUGUGUAAAUGGACUAAGCAAAUGUAGCAAAUAUUUAACAAAAUCUAUUCCCCCCAUUUCAGAAUCUAAAAUACAUUGUAUUUUGACAGAAUUAGGGUUAAUACAUUUGUAAUAUACCGGUACUGUAUGAAAAACUUACUGUCUGUUUUCUGUACUCCCGGUUUUGUGCACAGUUUUGGAUUUUGUAGGAUUCAGGCAGCUCCCUUUGAAGU